AUGGGUUUAGAAGAUUACAAGCCAGCAAUUGUAAUGGUUGCAUUACAGUUCAUAUAUGCAGGAGUAACCCUCUUCACUAGAGUUGCUCUUGUACACGAUAUGAGUUCAAGGGUGUUUGUAGUGUAUAGGCAAUCCAUUGCCUUCUCUGUCAUUGCUCCAAUAGCUUAUUUCGCAAGGAGAAAAACAAGAUGUUGUAUAGGAUGGAAGAGCUUCUGUGUGACAAUAAACCAGAAUAUCUAUUUCCAGGGUUUGUAUCUAGCCUCAUCAUCAGCGGCAGGUGCAUUGGGGAAUUUAGUGCCUGCUGGCCUACAUCAUGGGGUUAGAGAAAUUGCAUACUCGAAGCUUGAGAAGUAUGGCGAAGAUCAUUGGCACAAUAAUCUGCGUUACGGGUGCAGUAGCCAUGGCUCUGCUGAAAGCUCUUGUUGCUGGUCACUUUGGCUAAUUUUACAGGUCCCUGUAUCAGCUAGCUACCCGGAUCAUCUAUCUUUAACUGCAUGGAUGUGUCUCUUUGCAGCGUUGCAAUCUGCAGUUGUUGCGUUGAUCUUAGAGCCCGAUAUGAAAGUUUGGCGACUGAAUUCGUAUCUCGAAUUCCUCUGCUGCUUGUAUGCUGGUGUAUCAUCAGCUGUCACUUUCUUUGCCCAAGCCUGGUGCAUUGCACAAAGAGGUCCACUAUUUUCUGCCAUGUUCAAUCCUCUAUUAACAGUUAUAGUGACUGUUUUGGCCUGUGUAUUUCUACAUGAAGAGAUGUACACUGGAAGCAUGGUUGGUUCAGUUGCUGUGAUUGUUGGAUUAUAUGUUGUACUAUGGGGCAAAGCAAAAGAGAAUGAAGAGACGAUGAACGUUGACCCCAGACAAAUAAAGAAGCAAAGCAAUCAGAAACCACUGUCUAGUGAACCUUCAGAUGAAACAAGCCGUAGAAUUGAUUUGGAGGAACCUCUUCUUUCAGACAAAUCAACAUACAAUGGGGAUAACAUAUGA